CUCUUGGUGGCGCAGUGUCCACCUUGUUCAUGAUUGUCGGAUGCAUUUGCGAGUUCUUCUUUAUCCCUCUGAAUACUGAUAAUCUUUUAAUGUUAUCACGACGUCUAAUUUGUUUAUUUAUUAUUUUGGCUAUUAAUACUGCACCUACAUAUUACAUUGUCAUAAAAGCACGUACUACACAAAUAUCUUUGAUUAUUGGGAUAGUUCAACUUGUCAUUUCAUUAUUGACCACAUUAACUUUUGCAACAAUUCCAAGUGCUAGUUUGUUUGGUAGACCAUCAAAAUGUUCUCAGAAAUAUCAAACAUUUAAGGCAUAUACUGCCAGCUAUCCUAUACUUAAUCGUACCGAUCGUGCAACAUCCAUUGGUCUUUGGUGUUGUGUAUUUAGUUGCAAAAUGAUUGAGUCUUAUUUUUUCUUGGCACUUUCUUUUAAAGAUCCACUUAAAGCAAUGGUAAACAGUAGGGUUUUGGAUUGUGGUGAUAGACUUGUUGAAGAAUAUUUCCCAUCAUCAAGUGAAGCAGAACGUCGAAUUUUAUUUUUUGCACAAAGUUUAUCAACAUCAAUUCCGAAUCCUUUACCGGUACAAAAUAUGCCUACUUUCACCGUGUUAACACCUCAUUAUUCUGAAAAGAUUCUUCUUUCACUUCGUGAAGUUAUUCGUGAAGAAGAUCAUAACACUCGAGUAACAUUAAUUGAAUACUUGAAACAACUUCAUCCAAUUGAAUGGGAUAAUUUUGUUAAAGAUACAAAAUUUUUGGCAGAAGAACGUAACUUAAAGACUAUUCCAAAUCAAUUUGAAAAUGAUUAUUCAAGGGCAAAAAAGAAUAAAAAGUUGGAUGAUUUGCCAUUUUAUUCUGUUGGUUUUAAAUCAUCUGCGCCUGAAUUUACAUUACGUACUCGUAUAUGGGCAUCACUUCGUACACAAACUUUAUAUAGAACAAUUUCUGGAUUUAUGAAUUAUUCAAAGGCGAUUAAGCUUUUAUAUUCAGUUGAAAAUCCCCAAGUUUCUACAAUAUUUAGUAAUAAUCAAGAAAAACUUGAAGAAGAGUUAAAUUCCAUGGCUAAUCGCAAAUUCAA